AUGAGGAUGUUGCGUUACCGGCUCUUGUCCGGGGUCGCCGAAGGGUCACGAGAGAUCGUCGGGCUGACCCCUCCACCUCUCACUGCUCCUCCUUCUCUUGAACACUUGUCUCUAUCCCUCAUCCUCCCCCUCGACCCUCACAAUCAGCCCAGCAAGCGUGCCGACCAGCGAAUGGGUGUAACAUUACUAGAAACACACGCCGCUUCUGCCACUUGUGUCGACGGCAGGGACCGCGCUCGCCCGGCCUCGGUUAUUGCGGUCGGGUCCAGUUACGAAGCAGAAGCACUCCCCAUUGUAAGUCCUGUGAGUUUAGGAGAGUUCGUGUCAGGAUGUGAGCGCGGAAUGGGAUCCGGCGCCGUGGGCCUCGCACACUUCGACAAGUGCAGCCACGACGAGUGCCUCAGCGGCGUCCACAUCUGCUCCCACGACGACGGGGUGAUGCACCUGCUCACGCGCGUGCAGGAGCUCUCCAUGGGGUACACAGAAGGCCGUCUCGAGCUCUGCGUCGUCGGCGGAUUUCAGGACGCGAGGGCCAUUUGCGAGAAGGUCACGCUCUCGCUGCUCAAUGCAAUGCACAAGAGCCCUCCUCAGAUCCACCUGGUACUGCUGUGUACAGGAGAAAUGAACACAACACUUCGAGGCAACAUUUCAUGGCCACUUGUUAAAGGCAUUGGUGUGAGCACACAGACAGGAAAGAUCUUCCCCGCCACCUUCACAGACAAGGGGCCAUACCUCGUGCUGCGGUCGACAAGGGUCUUUACCGGUGCACAGCAAAUGGUUGAUAUAUAUGACUGCGCCCUGGGGUUAUUACGUAUUGGGCCAUUCAAUUAUGAGCCGCAUGCUGGUGUCGAAUUGCUGCUACAACAAACAGAUGAUGUUAUCCUUCAGUGUCUCUCAACAACACCAGAAGUAGAGGGUCCCACCUGGGUCAAGAUGGUUCGAGAAGUUCUAAAGCACAUUAAGGAGCAUCCAUUCCCGGCCGUAACAAUCUUCCCAGACAACCGGCCACACUACUUCCGUAGAGACAACGUGGGCGGCUGGUCUCCUGCUGAACUGCCAAAUAAUAAUGAUUCCACACCAGAUGCUAACGUGCAAGCAGCUGCGCAGGCCGUCGCAGGAGCAGGUGUAGCCGCUACAGGGGCCUGGACACAGGGCGGAGGAGUUACCACAACCUCAGCUCCACCAACACCUGCAGCACUAUCCCCUGCCCCCUGGGGCGCCUCUGUACCACCAAGCGUUUCUCGGAAAGUGGAACCUGUCGUAUCGAUCAAAGUUCUCUUUCGUCACGAGCUGCUUUCAGAUUCAGUUUCAGCGAUCUAA